GGGUCACGUGCUUGGGGCGGAAGCGUUAAUGCGACCGCGCUGAGAGUCGCGCGCUCGGUGCCAUUUGCUCUUUUCUCACCGUGCGGCAGAGCGAAGCACGAGCGCUGAGAGUCGCGCUGCGGCAGAUAAAUACAUACACAUUCAACAAUGGCAGAGAACGACCCACAGGUUCAGUUUAAGCUGGUUCUGGUAGGAGAUGGUGGCACAGGAAAGACCACCUUUGUGAAGAGACAUUUGACAGGAGAAUUCGAAAAGAAAUAUGUCGCCACUCUCGGAGUCGAAGUACACCCCUUGGUCUUCCACACUAACAGAGGAGCCAUCAAAUACAAUGUAUGGGACACAGCCGGACAGGAGAAGUUUGGAGGUCUCAGAGACGGAUACUACAUCCAAGCUCAGUGUGCGAUCAUCAUGUUUGAUGUCACCUCUCGAGUCACUUACAAGAACGUGCCUAACUGGCAUCGUGACCUGGUGCGUGUGUGUGAGAACAUUCCUAUAGUGCUAUGCGGCAACAAGGUGGACAUCAAGGACAGGAAGGUGAAAGCCAAGAGCAUUGUUUUCCAUCGCAAGAAGAAUCUACAGUACUACGACAUCUCUGCAAAGAGUAAUUAUAACUUUGAGAAGCCCUUCCUGUGGCUUGCACGGAAGCUGAUUGGUGAUCCUAACCUGGAAUUUGUGGAGAUGCCUGCCCUCGCCCCACCCGAAAUUGCCAUGGACCCAUCACUUGCUGCACAGUAUGAGCAUGACCUGAAAGUGGCAUCAGAAACAGCUCUGCCAGAUGAGGAUGAUGACCUUUAACCUGUUACUCUCUGAUCUUUCCGUGUGGUUGCCGGUUUUGCCAGCAACAGUUCGACCCCCCCCAUCCCCUUUUACUGUAAAACCCCAGCGCAGAUUAUUUUUAUUUUUCAACUUUUGUUUCGUUUUUGUGUUUUGAAUUGAAUAAAAAGUGAAGUUGUGUGGUUCUCGGAUUUCAACGUAGACUCGCUAACCCUAACGCCACCAUGCAGGCUCACUCUAGGACACUUAAACACAUGCCUACACAAAGACGUGCAUACACAUUCAAUCACUCAAAGGCGUGAGAGGAGUUUACUGAGUGUCCCAGUGCUUAUUCUAUCUGUAUGGCUCUAAGCACUUAGAGAACAACUUUGAAUAAAAACAUUCUCAAUA